AGUCAACUCCUCAUGGGUGGACUGAUGAUGGGAGAGGAAGAGAAAAUGGAGAUGAUGAACCGUCAUCAUCAUAAUCAACAGCAUAGUUACCAAGAGAAGAAUAUACAGAAUUGGGGAGAACAAGUUUUGAGGCACCAAGCUUCGAUGAAACAAGAGAGUAACAAUAAUAAUGGUUAUGGAAUAAUGUCCUCACCGAACUCACCUCCAAACAAGUCAUGUAUUACAAUUCACAACACCAAUGAAGACAACAAGAACAACAAUAACAUUUGUCACAAUGGUCUUAACUUGUCCGAGAGUAACAGCUCAGAGAUGAUUGGGUCUUCUAUUGCAAAUAAGAAACCAAAGCUUCAGGUUCCUUCAUCACAAUCAACUCUCAAGGUAAGAAAGGAGAAACUUGGAGGCAGAAUCGCAUCUCUUCACCAGCUAGUAUCUCCCUUUGGCAAGACUGACACAGCUUCUGUCUUGUCGGAGGCUAUUGGAUACAUUAGAUUCCUCCACAGUCAAGUUGAGGCUCUAAGUCUACCAUACUUUGCUGGUACUACUCCCUCGAGGAAUAAUAUGAUGCAACAACAUGCUCAAGGAAAUUUGAAUGGUAUAUUUCCUGAGGACCCUGGUCAGCUUGUAAAUGAGUAUCGCAUGAAAAGAGGAGUUUCAUCGUCAUCCAAGGACAACCAGAAUUCAAAUCCUAACGAAGAACCAAUGAAAGAUUUGAGAAGUAGAGGACUUUGUCUUGUCCCAAUCUCAUGCACACUCCAAGUUGGUAGCGACAAUGGCGCGGACUAUUGGGCUCCGGCGUUCGGAUUCACUCUCCAGUAACCUAUUUCACUUUCUGUUGUUAUUUGAGUUUUCGUCGGCCAAAAAAAUUUAGUAGAUGUUAUAACAUCAUGAGCAACCAAUCUAUUUGAGAAAACAACAAAAAAAUGAGCUUCCUCUAAGAUUGGUUGUUCAUGAUGCGAUGCUAACACAGACUGGUUUUGGCCUUUCGCCUUUGAACAUUUGCAGUUGACGAGUAUGAGAUGGCCUAUUUUAUCAUGUUUUUUUUAAUUAAUCAGAACUUUAUCUAUUCUUCUCUUAAUGAACUAAUGAUUGUUUUUUAGUUUUA